AUGGAAUACAAAAGGAGGAAGACCCAGAAGGACCAGGACAAGACAGGAGAGGAUCCCAGAAGCAAGCACAAGUUCAAGAUCCACUCUUAUGGCAGUCCCACCUUCUGUGACCACUGUGGAUCUCUGCUGUACGGCCUCAUCCACCAGGGCAUGAAAUGUGACACCUGCGACAUGAAUGUGCACAAGCAGUGUGUGGUCAACGUGCCGAGCCUCUGCGGGAUGGAUCACACGGAGCGCCGGGGUCGCAUCUUCCUGAAGAUUGAGGUCAGCGGCGACAGGCUACACGUCACAGUGGGAGAAGCUAGAAACCUGAUUCCUAUGGACCCCAAUGGGUUAUCAGACCCAUAUGUUAAACUUAAGCUCAUCCCAGACCCCAAAAACGAGACCAAACAGAAGACCAGGACCAUCCGUUCGUCCCUGAACCCGUGCUGGAACGAGUCCUUCACCUUUAAACUCAAAGUGUCCGACAAGGACCGGCGUCUGUCCAUCGAGAUUUGGGACUGGGACCGCACGACCAGGAACGACUUCAUGGGCUCCAUGUCGUUUGGAGUGUCCGAGCUGAUGAAGGCUCCCACGUGUGGAUGGUACAAAUUGCUGAACCAAGAAGAGGGCGAGUACUACAACGUACCCAUCCCAGAGGUGGACGACAUCGACCUGGAGCUCCGCCAGAAGUUUGAGAAAGCCAAACUCGGCCACGGGAAGAAAGUCAUCACGCCGUCGGACCACCGCCGCUUCAGCCUCCCUUCAGGGAACGGCGAGCGUAUCCGCCUGAGCGACUUCACCUUCCUGGCCCUGCUGGGGAAAGGCAGCUUCGGCAAGGUGAUGCUGGCGGAGAUGAAGUCGACGCAGGAGUUGUACGCCAUCAAGAUCCUGAAGAAAGACGUGGUGAUCCAGGACGACGACGUGGAGUGCACCAUGGUGGAGAAGAGGGUGCUGGCGCAGAGGGACAAGCCGCCCUUUCUCACCCAGCUGCACUCCUGCUUCCAGACCGUGGACCGCCUGUACUUUGUGAUGGAGUACAUCAACGGAGGCGACCUGAUGUAUCACAUCCAGCGUAUGGGGAAGUUCAAGGAGCCGCAAGCAGUCUUUUACGCCGCCGAGAUCGCAGCCGGUCUCUUUUUCCUGCACCGGAAGGGAAUUAUCUACAGGGACCUGAAGCUGGACAACGUGAUGCUGGACUCCGAGGGCCACAUCAAGAUCGCCGACUUUGGCAUGUGCAAGGAGAACAUGUAUGAAGGCAUGAGCACUCGCACCUUCUGUGGCACACCUGACUACAUCGCACCAGAGAUCAUAGCCUACCAGCCCUAUGGGAAAUCGGUGGACUGGUGGGCAUAUGGAGUUCUUCUCUAUGAGAUGCUGGCAGGACAGCCGCCGUUUGACGGCGAGGAUGAGGACGAGCUCUUCCAGUCCAUCAUGGAGCACAAUGUGUCAUACCCCAAAUCCAUGUCCAAAGAAGCGGUGUCCAUCUGCAAAGGGCUGAUGACCAAACACCCUUCCAAGCGUCUGGGCUGUGGACCCGAGGGCGAGAGGGACAUCAGGGAGCAGGCCUUCUUCCGCCGCAUCGACUGGGAAAGGCUGGCCAACAAGGAGAUCCAACCACCGUUCAAGCCCAAAGUGUGUGGCAAAGGGGCUGAAAACUUUGACAAGUUCUUCACGCGCACGCAGCCCGUCCUGACCCCGCCCGACCAGCUGGUGAUCGCCAACAUCGACCAGGGCGAGUUUGCGGGCUUCUCCUGCGUCAACCCUCAGUUCCUCCACCCGUCCCUGCACAGCGUGGUGUGAGGAGGACCUCGGACUCUCGACCUUUGCCCGUCUCAGAGAUCCUCCUGACAAGUUCUGACAUCUAGGUAUCACCUUGCGUAUACUGUGUGCAGAUGUGACUGAGGAGCGCACUCGGGGUGCUCGCUGCGUAGAUUUCCUACCUAAAAAAAAUAUAUAUAUAUAUAUAUAUAAUAUAUAUAUAUAUAUAGGGUGACACACAAAAAAACGUUCUUCAAUAAAAGUCUAAACUUGGCUCUGAAAACAAAAACUAGCACAGAGACAAAAAAAUGAAAACACUUACUGUGACAAGAAACGAGCAUGAAAAAGAGCAGCAUGGAUCAUCAGCAUGAUUAACAAGGCUGACUGCCUGGCAACUACAGGCUUAAAGGCCUACUGAAAUGAGAUGUUCUUAUUCAAACGGGGAUAGCAGGUCCAUUCUAUGUCUCAUACUUCAUCAUAUUUUUGCUGAAAGGAUUUAGUAGAGAACAUCUACGAUAAAGUUGGCAACUUUUGGUCGCUAAUAAAAAAGCCUUGCCUGUACCGGAAGUAGCAGACGAUGUGCACGUGACGUCACGGGUUGUGGAGCCCCUCACAUCUGAACAUUGUUUACAAUCAUGGCCACCAGCAGUGAGAGCGAUUCGGACCGAGAAAGCGACGAUUUCCCCAUUAAUUUGAGCGAGGAUGAAAGAUUCGUGGAUGAGGAAAGUGAGAGUGAAGGACUAGAAGAAAAAAAAGACGGAGGCAAUGGGAGUGAUUCAGAUGUUAUUAGACACAUUUACUAGGAUAAUUCUGGAAAUUCCCUUAUCUGCUUAUUGUGUUACUAGUGUUUUAGUGAGAUUAUAUAGUCGUACCUGUACAACCUGAAGGUCGGAAAGGUGUGCCCACGGGUGUGGUGACCACCAGAGUCUCUGAGGGAAGCCACGUUUCUCGACAAGGCAAGGCAGCCAGGCUGAGAUUUUUUUUUUCCUCUCCUCCACGGUUUAAGCAUCCAACGGUUGGGGGCGGCCGGUGGGAGGAGGCAAGAGAGUCCGCAGCUGCAGGAGGAACGAUGCAAGCUCUCCGCUCAUGUCUACGGUAAGAGCCGACUUAUUACCACCAUUUUCUCACCGAAACCUGCCGGUUGACAUGUGGUCGGGAACCAUGUUCGCUUGACCGCUCCGUUCCAUUGUAAAGAUUCACCGUUAUCUUUCGGGAAUGUAAACAAGGAAACAUCGGCUGUGUUUGUGUUGCUAAAGGCGGCCGCAAUACACCGCUUCCCACCGACAGCUUUCUUCUUUGACGUAUCCAUUAUUCAUUGAACAAAUUGCAAAAGAUUCAGCAAAACAGAUGUCCAGGAUACUGUGGAAUUAUGCGAUUAAAGCAGACGACUUAUAGCUGGAAUCGGUACUGGAACAAAAUGUCCGCUACAAUCCGUGACGUUACACGCACGCGUCAUCAUACCGCGACGUUUUCAGCAGGAUAAUUCGCACAAAAUUUAGAAUUGCAAUUUAGUAAACUAAAGCGGCCGUAUUGUCAUGUGUUGCAAUGUUAAUAUUUCAUCAUUGAUAUAUAAACUAUCAGACUGCGUGGUGGCUAGUAGUGGCUUUCAGUAGGCCUUUAAAUAGUGCUGUGGUGAUUAACAACAGGUGCACAAGUCCAAAUGAACCAGGUGCGUGACAUGAGGACAGGUGAAAACUAAUGGGUUGUCAUGGAAACAAAGCAGGGAGUGAAAAAGAGUGCUAAAACCAUACAAACUAAACAUGAUCACCAAGAAAAAUAAAAAUAAUUGAUUCGUUAUUACAAAAGUUAUUCAAGUUUAGGUGAUGAACGCUUUUUUGUGUCACCCUUGUAUUUACCGUAAGCCUUUUUUUCCCUUGUGCUUUUUUAUUUUUUGGGUUGUUUUCUGUGUUCCCCAGCAACAUAGAAGGUCCUAUUCCCCCCCCCCCCCCUGUAGAUUUGCCAACAAACAGAGAUGUAGUACUCAUGCUGUCACACUAGUGCCAAAGUCCAUGACUUUCAUGUGCAAUCCAUGCUCAUCGGACUCCUGUUGUCCGACUGGAGACAUGGUUCCAACACAACAGUGGACAGUGUUAGGAAGAAGCCCGUUUCCAUACCUGCAUGCUUAUCUUCUCACGCUGUAUGACUGGGCCAUCCUAAAAGGCGUUCCGCAAAAGUUUCAAGUGUUUUUAAAUGAGCUCAAAAGAGGUUUUAUACGAAGAACUGAAUGUGUUUUUCUGUAAUUGGACGACCCCCACCCACCCACCACCACAAUGAGAUCUGGCAGCUCCACUACUUAGUCCUUUUAAGGGCCUACUGAAAUGAGAUGUUCUUAUUUAAAGGGGGAUAGCAGGUCCAUUCUAUGUGUCAUACUUCAUCAUUUCACCAUAUUGCCAUAUUUUUGCUGAAAGGAUUUAGUAGAGAACAUCCACGAUAAAGUUGGCAACUUUUGCUCGUUAAUAAAAAAGCCUUGCCUGUACCGGAAGUAGCAGACGAUGUGCGCGUGACGUCACGGGUUGUGGAGCUCCUCACAUCUGAACAUUGUUUACAAUCAUGGCCACCAGCAGCCAGAGCGAUUCGGAAUGAGAAAGUGACGAUUUCCCCAUUAGUUUGAGCGAGGAUGAAAGAUUCGUGGAUGAGGAAAGUUAGCGUGAAGGACUAGAAAAGAAAAAAAAGAUGAGGGCGGUUGGAGCGAUUCAGAUGUUAUUAGACACAUUUACUAGGAUCAUUAAGGAAAAUCCGUCAUCUGUUUAUUGUGUUAUAAGGGUUUUAGUGAGAUUAUUUGAUACCUGAAAGUCGGAGGGGUGUGGCCAUGGGUGUGGUGACCGCCAGUGUCUCUGAGGGAAUCCACGUUUCUCGACAAAGUGAAGCUGGCCACCAGCAGCAAGAGCUAUUCGGACCGAGAAAGCGACAAUUUCCCAAUUAAUUGGAGCGAGGGUGAAAUAUUUGUGGAUGAGGAAAGUUAGAGUGAAGCACAAAAAAAAAAAAAAUGGUGACGGCGCUGUUACGCCAAAUUUCUUCUCCCUACAAACCCCCCCCCAUUUACUUCCAGGGUCAUGAUUAAUACAAACGUUUUGUUAACGCUAU